CCACAACCGGUGGAAACUCAAUUGAUGUCUAUCAAGGUCACGACAAUAUGCAUGCCCGUGCAAUACCUAAACCCCCUGAUUGGCCAAAGAAAGGGCAUUUCCAUUCCGAUCGUUUGAUCCUCCAUAUGCAGGGUUCUCCAUCAAUGUCGAUGUUAUAUAGAAGAUUGUUCGACGUGGAAUAAAAUGGCUGGGAAAGUUUCUGUGUUCUUUUGUUGUCGUCUUCCCCCUGCAUUGACGGCACGAUAAACGGCCUCACCGCGUCAAUCAAUUCCCACCAUGGCCUCGGUAGAAAGUUCUCCGGCCGAUUCUUCAAUGAUCAAGGAUGCCGAUGUCACAGUGAGCAAUUGGGCAGGCUUACAAGGACGAGAAAACACAAUUGAGAGCAGCGAGGAUGUCGAAGUUGGUCAAUCAAGCAAAAGUUCCGGGGUUCUGAAUGUGAUCAUCUCGGGUCUGGCUCUCUUUAGCGACGGAUAUAAUGCCCAGAUCAUUGGAUAUAUGGAACCCUUGUUCUCGGUCUUAUACAAAGAUGGCAUGUCUCCAACAAUCAAAGGUCGACUAUCGAACUCGUUUCUCAUAGGAGAAAUCUUUGGAAUGAUCUUCUUUGGUGUUCUCAUUGAUCGCCUGGGGCGAAGAACGGGUGUGGUAAUGGCCACUACGUUCUUAGUUCUGGGUAUUGCAUUGGCAGCAGCUGCGCACGGGAAGUCCGAGCUUGGAAUGUUCUGGAUGAUGAUCAUUGCCCGUGGUGUGGCUGGCUUUGGAGCCGGCGGCGAGUAUCCCGUUUGCGCAACGAGCGCAACGGAGGCAGCGGACGAGACAACGAAACUUCGGAAAAACCGAGGGUUCUUGGUUGCCUCAACUACAAAUUUUGCCGUGGACCUGGGCUUUGUCUCUGCUGGCAUUGUAGCGCUUAUUGUUCUCGCUUGCUAUGGUCAAGAGACUAGAGCUGGCGUAUGGCGUGUAUCCUUUGGGAUUGGAUUUGUGCUUCCCCUUGUUAUCUGCUUCUUUCGGAUUCGCAUGAUCAAUUCGACUCAGUACCGGAAACACAGCAUUAGAUCUAGGUAUCCCUAUGGGCUUAUUCUCAAAAGAUAUUGGAAGCCGAUGCUCGGAACUUCCCUGGCGUGGUUCUGCUACGACUUCGUCACCUACCCGUUCGGAAUCUUCUCGUCCACCAUUAUCCAGCAAUUGAUGACAGACAACUCGACUGUCCAAAACAUCGGUUAUGGAACAGUGAUUAACUGCUUCUAUCUCCCCGGAUGUCUUCUUGGCGGGUACCUCAUGGACAAAAUUGGUCGCAAGCAAAACAUGACUCUUGGUUUUAUGCUAUGGGCCAUCUGGGGCUUCAUCCUUGGCGGUGCGCUUCACCCGAUCCAAAGCGUGUUCCCGCUGUUCGUGGUGAUGUACGGCAUUUUCAUGGCCUUGGGUGAAAUGGGCCCCGGUGUAUCUACGUUUCUUUGUGCUGCCGAGUCCUUUCCCACCCCUCUCCGUGGCCACUUUCUGGGAUUUGCUGCCGCCGUGGGCAAGGCUGGUGCGUCUAUUGGAACGGAAGUUUUUACUCCCAUUCAGAACUCGUUCGAUACCACUGCAAAGGGCCAGCAAGCGGUGUUUUUGAUUGCCUCUGCUUUUACGGUGGUCGGGGGCCUCAUCGCAUGGUUCCUGAUUCCGGAUAUGUCUCGAGAGUUGGAGGAUGAGGAUGCCAAGUUCAAGGCAUACUUAGAGGAGAACGGAUAUGACGUUAGCCACUAUGGCGACGAGGCCUUGCAGGUAGAGAGGAAGAGUGGUCAUUAAUUUGAUCAUAUAUAAAAGUCAUUAGAUUAGCAUGCGAAUACACCGUUUAGAUUUCCUCACAAGUUUAAAGUGAUACCAGCUUUUAGGGCACUGCAAUGACGCUGUACCCGAAUGGGAGGCACUGAUCUAACUAUUUCCAGUUAGGUUUAUUAAUUGGCUU